GCUAGCGCAGUAGAACAGACCGAGCUCAACGCCCUUAAUUAAUUAACUCAAUUAGUACGCCUUAGGUUGGACCCAAGCCGCAGCGGCGCUGCCAAAAGAGCCACCGUGUGUCCCAACUCCCAAGCAGUUUGGAUGCCGUACGAUUGGUCCAUUGAGCCAAUAAUCACGCCGGAGUAGAACCCUGUAAAACUGCACAGCAGGAUACGUAAUACUGAAACCGUGAUUCUCACCCCAUUAUCCGACCACAAGUUCUCAGGGAGAGAGAUAGACGGAGAAGAGAUAUGCCGGGGGAGAGCUCAGGGUACAAAGAUUACGUAGCAGGAAUGUUAGCCGGAGUUGCCACUGUGCUUACCGGUCACCCAUUUGACACAGUCAAGGUAAAUCUCCAGAAACAUAACACUUCUAGCGAUGGUAUAAAGUACAAGAAUGGAUUGCAUUGUGCUGCUAGGAUAUUGAAGGCCGAAGGAGUGAAAGGGCUAUACAGAGGAGCAACAUCUUCUUUUGUUGGAAUGGCUUUUGAAAGCUCCUUUGCUUUUGGCAUUUAUUCACAGACAAAAAGGUUCCUUCAGGGAGAAAUUGGUGAUGGGAAGCCAAAGCCUCAUGUAAUUGUUCCAUCAGCGGCAUUUGCUGGAGGGAUUAUCAGCUUCAUACUGUGCCCCUCAGAGCUGCUUAAGCAGUGCCAUUGUAUUGAAAUUAUCUGCUCCAGUGUAGGAUGCAAAUUCAGGGCAUAGAUUCUCUUCUACCAAACUCAGCCAGAUACAGUGGUCCUCUUGAAUGUGCGAUUGGAACUGUAAAAACUGAGGGGAUUACUGGCAUAUUUAGAGGAGGCUUUGCUACCUUGUUAAGAGAAUCUGUGGGAAAUGCUAUCUUCUUUAGCACAUAUGAGUAUGUACGUUAUCAGAUGCAUCUUCAAUUGAAAGGGGCUUCAUCUAAGUCAAAUCAAUUGGUUGAUGUGGGAGUUGGAAUAAUAAGUGGUGGCCUUGGUGGUAUAGCGUGCUGGUGUACUGUUCUGCCAUUGGAUGUCGCAAAAACUAUAAUCCAAACUACCCCCGAUAAAAACCAGACACGAAAUCCUUUUCAGAUUUUACAAACGAUUUACAGGCUAUCCGGUAUUCGAGGAUGCUAUACAGGUCUAGGUCCUACUCUGGUUAGGGCUUUCCCAGCUAAUGCUGCUGCCAUAGUUACAUGGGAGCUAUCUGCAAAGAUUUUAGGGAUGAGGCGUGAUUAAUGAGAAAUUGUUUGCCAACACUUUUUAGGAUUCUUUUUAGCCUUUUGUCAUCCGAAGGCGUGGUUUGAUUUGAUUUGUCAUCAGAAGGUCAAAAACCAUCAGCAUUGUGUUUGUGUACCAUGUAUUCUUUGCUGUGGAUGGUAGGGCUCAGAAGGCUUUUGCAGUACAUGAAAAUGUGAAUUGGUCUUCUGAAAUUAUAGGAAUAGUUGGAUGUUUAGUCUGGAAGGCUUCUUGUAUAAUAGCUAUUUAAUGCAAUUUCAAAGAAGUUAGAGUGUUAGACAAAUUUGAUUACAAGGUAAUGGAAAACCUUGUGUAUGCCUUAAAAUUUGGUUUACUGUUGUGUUUUUUAAAUUUAUGUAUAUGCUGUGCAUGCAUCUAUAUGUUGUUUGGUA